UCCUCUCCUUGAGCACCUUAACGGUGACGUCGGCGUGGUUGUCCCCGGCGUUUAGGAAAAAUCACGGCACGGCCCUGCCGUCAAUUUUCGUUGCCGGCCGCUCCCACAUGAAACCGUACUGGAAGAACGGGAUCAAGCGAAAAGGGCCUCCCUUGCCGAGUUCCUGCGGCGACGCACCCCCGGGGUUGGAAGGAGAUGCUGACUGGUCCAGCUUCUGCGCCGCGUCUUUUGCCGACUCCGCCCAGAACUCAUCGCCGCGAACACUCAGCCCGCGGACACGAGAAAAUCCUGCGGGGCCAAGCAGCUCUUGGGCGACCCGGCGGGAUGCCUUGGGCACCUUAGGGCACCUCUAGAUGGCGCUCUCGACGACGCCGUU